AUGCUGGUCACUGUGUACUGCGUGCGGAGGGACCUCUCCGAGGUAACCUUCUCCCUCCAGGUCAGCCCUGACUUGGAGCUCCACAGCUUCCGCGUCCUCUGUGAGCUCGAGUCUGGUGUCCCCGCUGAAGAGAUCCAGAUCAUCUACAUGGAGCGACUCCUCGCUGACGACCACUGUUCCCUGGGCUCCUAUGGCCUCAAAGAUGGCGAUGUCGUUGUUUUGCUUCAGAAGGAGUAUGUGGGACCUCGGCCUUGUGGACGGACAUCAAGCCUGCCUCGGAUUGAUUUCACCGGGAUAGCUGAGCCUGGGACGUCCAGCUCCCGGCAGCAGCACCAGCGUGCACAGUCGGCCCAGAAGUCCCCUGGCCUGGACUCCGGAGAGAAGAUGUCUGCUCAAGGUCUGGACAGCCCCACCCUGAUCCGAAGCAUGCUGCUCUCCAAUCCCCACGAUCUGUCCCUGCUGAAGGAACGCAACCCCCCCUUAGCGGAAGCCCUGCUCAGCGGAAACCUGGAGACGUUUUCUCAGGUCCUGAUGGAGCAGCAAAGGGAAAGGGCCCUGAGAGAGCAAGAGAGGCUUCGCCUCUGUUCUGCUGACCCAUUUGAUUUGGAAGCUCAGGCCAAAAUAGAAGAGGAAAUCCGGCAGCAGAACAUUGAGGAAAACAUGAAUAUAGCGAUGGAAGAGGCUCCAGAGAGUUUCGGGCAAGUGGCCAUGCUCUAUAUUAACUGCAAAGUGAAUGGACAUCCUUUGAAGGCUUUUGUUGACUCGGGGGCCCAGAUGACCAUUAUGAGCCAAGCUUGCGCCGAGAGAUGUAAUAUAAUACGCCUGGUGGAUCGACGGUGGGCUGGGAUUGCUAAAGGAGUAGGCACGCAGAGGAUUAUUGGCCGAGUUCAUCUAGCUCAGAUUCAAAUCGAAGGUGAUUUCUUACAAUGCUCUUUCUCUAUCCUCGAGGAUCAGCCCAUGGACAUGCUUCUAGGGCUAGACAUGCUCAGGAGACAUCAAUGUUCCAUUGACUUGAAGAAAAACGUGUUGGUGAUCGGCACCACUGGCACACAGACUCACUUUCUUCCUGAGGGAGAGUUACCCCUAUGUGCUAAGCUGCUAAGUGGUGCUAGGCAAGAAGAGUCUUCAAAUAAAGAAGCAGCAGAUACUAUUAAACAUUCAGUCAUGGAUUCAGGAAGAAAAAAGCAUUGA